AAACUGAAGCUGCUCUGUCAUUGCGUGGUUGUUAUGGUGACAAGACAAGGCCAUGCCUCUUAGUCUGUGUUAAGGAGAAAAGCUAUAAUCCCUCAUGGAAUAGCAGAUAGAAAAUUAAAAAAGAAGAAAAACAUUAGCUGGCUAGAAAGGGACUAACAGCAGGUCAUAUCAGACAGUAGCAUCAACUGGCCAUGCCAGUACUUACAACUGAUGCUGAGUCAGAGACAGGUAUCCCAAAAUCCCCUUGUAAUAAGCUUCCAUCAGGAAUCAUGGAGGAACUAGAACACACAUGCCCUCUUCCACGGACGACUCUUUGUACACCAGCUCCAUUUGCUGAAGAAACAAGAUGUCUAUGCUUAGCUCCACAUGAAAAAUUAACCAUUUCUCAGGCACGACAAGGAACACCAGCCGACAGACCAGUACGAGUCUAUGCAGAUGGAAUAUUUGAUCUGUUCCACUCUGGCCAUGCCAGAGCACUCAUGCAAGCCAAAGCACUUUUCCCUAAUAGCUAUUUAUUAGUUGGAGUUUGCAGUGAUGAUUUGACUCAUAAAUACAAGGGCUUUACUGUGAUGGAUGAAAAUGAAAGAUAUGAGGCUCUCCGUCACUGCCGUUAUGUAGAUGAAGUCAUCAGGGAUGCUCCUUGGACGCUUACCCCAGAGUUCUUGGAAAAACAUAAGAUUGAUUUUGUUGCCCAUGAUGAUAUUCCAUACUCUUCUGCUGGCUCAGAUGAUGUUUACAAACACAUAAAAGAAGCAGGAAUGUUUGUUCCCACAAAGAGAACUGAAGGAGUAUCUACAUCUGACAUUAUCACCAGGAUUGUGAGGGACUAUGAUGUAUAUGCCCGUCGCAACCUUCAAAGAGGUUAUACAGCCAAAGAACUCAACGUUAGUUUUAUAAAUGAAAAGAAAUAUCGCUUCCAGAAUCAAGUGGACAAGAUGAAAGAAAAAGUCAAGAAUGUAGAAGAAAAAUCUAAAGAGUUUGUUAACAGAGUAGAAGAAAAGAGUCAUGACCUUAUCCAAAAGUGGGAAGAAAAGUCUAGAGAGUUUAUUGGCAACUUUUUAGAACUGUUUGGACCAGAUGGAGCAUGGAAACAGAUGUUCCAGGAAAGAAGUGGACGAAUGUUGCAAGCCUUUUCACCACGACAGAGCCCAACCAGUAGUCCAACAAGGGGUCUUUCACCAUCUCGUUCCCCAUCUCCCACUUCACUUUCAUUAUUUAACAAAACCUCUCCCCCUUCUUCUCCAAAAGCUGCAUCAGCGUCCAUCAGCAGUAUGAGUGAGGGUGAUGAGGAUGAAAAAUAAGAGACAAGUGACUGGCAAGAAAAGGGACAUGAAGACAUGAUCCUAUGGGAAGUGAAAUUCUGAAGAGGCUGCUGCACCAUCAUGCAACAUAAGCUCCAGAAAAGGAAUUAUAUGUGAUGGACUUUGAUGGAGAACACAGAAUCUGUGUGAUUGUGAUAAGCCUGCUAUGUAAAAAUAAACAACCAUCAGCAACUAUAUGAACCACAAGACUUUAACCUAUUGACAUACAAAUUCAGUUGUUAUCAACAUCAAGCAAUUAAAGUGGCUACUAUGUCAAGACAAGUAGUAAAUACGUAAUAAUUUGUUAGUAAUGUUGACACUUCUGCUACACAGGAUUUAAAAUGUUCUAUGCACAGCUAGGUAUUGUAUUCAUACAGGCCAAAGUGGUCACAGAUAAAUCACUCAGUACUUUGUGUCACACAUAAGAGAAUGGGGACAGCUGCUGCAAUGUGUUAAGGGCUAUGCAUUACCUGCAUCCAAAACACAAAUAAGCUGGUCAGCAUAAUUGUAAGACAAAGUUCAAGACAAUGGUUCAGCAGGGCUAAUUCUGAUAAUGCACUCUUUAUAAAAAGGGACUAAUUUAUUUCUGCCUCUUUUUAAGUGUGACUUAAAUAUUUAUCAAGUGUGUAGUGAUUUAUAGACAUAAUACUUUAUUAGGUGGAACUUGGGAAUUAAAUACUUGGUAUAAGGGUACCAGGCAGGAUAAAACCCAACUAAUGAUUACCAGCAUGCUGCACCUAUAAAGCGUUCAGUAUGUUUUUAAGCAGUGAAGGAUGAUACAGUGAGGGUUCCUAGACUGUGGUACUGAUGGAUUUUGGUACACAAGUACAGAAGUCCUAUAUAACUCAUAUGAUUAUACAAUGGGUUGAUCCUACAAAUGGCAUUAUCACUUAUUUUAUAAAUUACAGGGAUGUUGUUAGCUUUUGCAGGAUGUAUUAUGGCCAUGUUUUAACAAAUAGGGUUACAAGAUUUCACAAUCUCGUUAUAUAAAAAGAAUAUUCUGUACAUCAAUGUUCUGCUCCUCAGAUUCUGGGCGAGUGAUUUUGCUUCCUUUACAGAACAUUUCAGCUGAGGCAACACUGCUCACAAACUCUACUGGCACUAUGCAUGUCACAUGAAGGUUGACAUGUAUCUGCAUGUGUGGAAAGGCCACCAGAGUAGCAAUGGAGUGCAGUGAUCAGAGCACAUAAACCUGAAACUGAAGAUU